AUGAAUACCCCAAAGCAGGCAAGUUGGAUAGUGAAGAAGAUCUUUGAUGUAAGAGAGUGGUUUAGACAGAACAAUCCCAAUGAAUCCCUGAGCAACUUCUGCAAGAAUGGGAAGUUCUGUAUAAAGAAGUUGUACAAUGCCUCAAGACCACAAUUUCAGAAGUGCAAUUGGAAGAGAUUAACUAUUGCCUCUAAAGCUAUACCUAGGCACAAGUUUAUUCUCUGGUUGGCACUACAUAGAAGAUUGGCUACAGUUGAGAGACUUCAAAGAUGGGGACUGAUGGUAAGUAAAGACUGUGUUCUAUAUAGAAGCAAUGAGGAGGAAGCACUGGAUCACCUACUAUUUGACUGUGCAUAUUCAAGAACCAUGUGGGCUACAAUGCUGAGAUGGACAGGAAUGCAACAUCAAAUAGGAAGCUGGGAUGAGGAGAUAGAAUGGAUGGCAAAGGUAGCUGUAAGUAAGAGCAAAGGAGAAAUCUUAGUAUUCUUAUUUACAGCAGUGAUCUACCAUGUAUGGCAAGAAAGAAACAAUAGAAGAUUCCAAGGAAAAGAGAUAGAAUGCAGCAGGAGAAUCAAAGAAGUUGUUCAAAUGCUACACAUUCGAGGCCAGAAAAUAGAAAAAUGGAAGAGAGAGUUAGAAAAACUAAACAGUCAUCCUAGCUAG